AAUACAAAGAGUUAAUAUAUAACCAUCCUUUUGUGGAUGCCUUUAUUUGUGAGAGAACAGCCCUGGACCCAGGGUCACUCGGGCUCGUGGACCGGCCGCGAUGUUCCCCCUGGUGCUGGUCGCGUUUGCUCUGAGCCACUGUGCUCUGGCAGCGAGAGUCUGUCCCAGGCCACCAGAAGUGCUAUUUGCCACGAUUAAUGUUGACAAGAAAGUGUAUGACGUGGGUGAGGAAAUAGAAUAUACCUGUCGGCCCGGGUUCGUCCCCAAUAACGGCCAGAGGAAAUACACCUGCCUCCCGACGGGCCGCUGGCCGCUCAACACGCUCCUGUGCCUGCCACAGAGAUGUCCCAGACCCGGACCCUUGCAAAAUGGAAAAAUUGAAGCUAUAGACAGCCACUAUCAGAGCUCUAUAAGUUUUUCAUGUGAACCAGGUUACAACCUCGUUGGGACAAGAACGAGCCAAUGCAUGGCAGAUGGAAAGUGGAGCGGAACUUUUCCACAGUGUCAAUCUGUUACUUGCGCGCCUCCCUCAAUUCCUGAAUUUGGAGUCCUUUCCUACCGUCGCUUGAAACCUGGAAAUGUUUCUCAUUUCUUGGACACGAUAGUUUUUGAGUGCGUGCCACCUCUGGCGCUUAUUGGGAAUGAGACGGCCACCUGCAUGGCCAACGGGAACUGGAGCAGCAUUCCCGAGUGCAGGGUUGUCACCUGCCCCACUCCAACGGGAAUAGAAAACGGAUUCAUAGAGUUUGCUGUCCGUAGAACGUAUCACUACAACGAGAGCGUCAGCUUCGGCUGCCAGCCCAGCUACGUGCUGGACGGACACAAACAUUCCCGCUGUGAGAAGACUGGAAACUGGUCCACCAAGCCAAUCUGUAGAGGACCAUGUAAAAUACCUGUUAAGAAAGCUGUAGUAUUAUACAACGGCGAGAAGAAGAGGGUUCAGAACGACCUUAAGGAAGGCAUUCGGCACGGUGAAACCGUCUCCUUCUUCUGUAAGAAUAAAGAAAAGACCUGUGCCUACACGGUGGCUGCGCAGUGUGUGGAUGGCAACCUCACCCUGCCCGCCUGCUUCAAAGAACGUGGCUUUUUUUCAACGCUUGUGAAGAAGGACCCAUCAGACAUGAAACCAUGUGAAGAUCAAGCGUGAAUCAGACAAGUAAUGCGGUACUAAAUCUCUGCCUGACACAAAAUAUUGUAUAGAAGAGGAAAACUUAGAUCCCAUGAGCGUGAGUUUCCAGAACUCUGGACUUUCUGUGAGCGCAGUCUCAGCUGUUUCCCACCAUCCCCACCAGCCUCCUCCACGAGCUCCGACACAUUAUUUCAGCCAUUAACUUUUAUUCUCUUUUCUCUGCCUUAAAUCCCCCCAAUACUGCUUCUCUUUCCGUAUUUCCAACAGUUAUGCAAUUGUAAAUGACUUUCUCAAUAGCAGUCCCUUUACAAUAAAGUAAUUUUCAGCCAA